AUGGAACGCGCCGCCUGCCACGUUAUCUAUGUCAAUCGUAACGUGAGCGAAGAUGGAUUGAUUCGCAAUAACUCUGGCGAUCGCGCAUCUGAUUGGGCAACAGAUGAGGCUCGUCAGGUUGUACAGCCUCUACUAGAUGCCUUUGGUGAUGUUCACAUUUGCGCAUCUGGUGGUUCAUGUUUAGCAAAAUUAUUUGAGCUCCAAGAGGGAUCCAUGCUUGACCUGAAGCCAACUCUGGUUCUCCUUGAUACGCCAAGUGAUGAUCCAGUUCCCGAUUCGCGGAGGAGGGCAUCAUCGCCUUCUCCGUCUUGCAAUUCCUCCGCAGAAAAUCUCGACAUCCACACUCCCGACGAGGACCUUUACGGGUUGGGCUUGCUACAGAAGAUUAUUACUGAAGCACACUUGCGUGGCAUGUCUAAGCUGGUCGUUCCGAUCCCGGUUAUCAGCAACAACGAUACAGAGGAUCCACCUACCAAUGGCCAGAUGACCGACGGCACUAUUGAGCAGAAGGCUGUGCCAUUGGGGUCGCUUGAUACGAAUCGCCAACUUAUAAGAAGGUGCCUAGAUCUGGGAGCCGUCGACGUCAUAAUUUGUCCAAUGAGCACCAAGUGCAUUACGAGUUUGGAAAUUUGUGCUUAUCGAGCCCACAGAGAUGCCGCCAAGGAACAAUCGACUUUGUUAGAGAUUAGACAAGGACGGAAACGGUCAUGGGUGGGCGUCAACGAGGAGAAACCAUUCGCAUAUCUCCGUGAAGCGAUGGUCUCUGGACUGAUGAAGGGGAUCUGCCGCCUAGGCACUAGCGACGAUCAAAUCAACAAUGCCCAUGUGGCUGUUUCUUCGGAACGGCAGUCCGUGAUUGCCGAAGCGAUAGGGAGCUGGCGUUUCUGUGCUCACUCUUUCACUGACGAUGAGUUGUUGGUGGCCGCCAUGGACAUGUUCAGACAUGCCCUGGCCAUGCCCGAGCUUGAGCGCUGGCGGAUACAUGCAGACCAACUAAUCAGCUUCCUUGUUGCUUGUCGCGCUGCAUACAACAACUUUGUUCCGUACCACAAUUUCCGUCAUGUGGUAGAUGUACUGCAGGCUACCUUUAAUUUCCUGGUACAUAUUGGCUCUCUUGCCCCCUAUCCCUCGGGUACCGAAUCCCGACCCAUGCCAGAAAAGUCACCAAUGGCGUCUCUCAUCACUCCUUUUGAAGCCCUGACGCUCCUCAUCACAGCUAUCGGACACGACGUUGGACAUCCAGGUGUGAACAACGGCUUUCUUGUGACACUCAAUGCUCCCCUGGCUCAGCUGUACAAUGAUCGAUCGGUUUUGGAAUCGUUCCAUUGUGCAGCAUAUUCGCAGAUUCUUCGACGAUACUGGCCCUCCGCCUUUGAAGACACAAAAAUGCGCAAUCUUAUGAUCAGCUCUAUCUUGGCCACAGAUAUGGGCCUGCAUUUCGAUUACAUGAAAAGGCUUGGAGAUGUUCAAGAUCGAUUGCAGGUUAGCAAUAGCACCGACGGCUGGAAUGGUCGGCAGACAGAAGAGAACAAGUCUCUGGCCUGUUCACUACUUAUCAAAUGUGCCGACAUCAGCAACGUGGCGCGAAAUCAUGAAAUCGCAUUGAAGUGGACAUACAUUCUCUCGGAAGAAUUCUCCCGACAAGCGUCAAUGGAAAGCGAGCUCAGCAUUCCAUCGUCGCUCAUGACACCACCAAAACAAGACAUGAUUUCACUGGCUAAAGGCCAACUCGGCUUUAUGAAUCUCUUUGCCACUCCGUUGUUUCAGGGCGUCGCCGACAUUAUGCCCGCUAUGCAGUACACUGUCGACGAGCUUGAGAUGAAUAAGAGUCUUUUCGAGCUCAAGCUUCAACAAGAAAAGGAAAAGCAGCCGCUAGAUGACCCAGUACGAAGGCGUCUUCUCAAAGAGGGCACAUUUUCGCCGAGGACUAUGAGUUUUGCAGUGCCGCAAGAGGAGGAGAAGGAGGAGAAGAGAGACAUGGCACCAUUAUUUGAGGCACUGGAUCGAGCCUCAGACACGACACCGGUUGGAAAUGGUGAGCUACCGAUGCCACGCCCAGAAAGAGACGACUUAUCGCCGGCCGAUAGUCAGAGAACCAUGGGGCCAUCGUCCACAAACGGCACAGGGAUGGAUACUCUAGAAUCCAACGGCUCAGCGUCGACCUUUGACGCCGUCAGAGAGCUAGCGAAUAGCGAUCCAUUUCAGGCGCAAACAAGACGGGAUUCUGCAAAACAACGAUCAAGCGAGACGACGGAAGGAAGCGUAUCUGGGGCUUGCUCGGGAGAUUGGGCAUCCCAAGCGACAAGCGCGACAACGGGCAAGAUGCCGAUGUCGCCAAGCACACGGGGUACCAGUAUCGUGAGCGGCGACUCAACUGAACAUGCGGUUGGAAUUCCCAAGAUCAAUGUCGACUCGGCGAGCUUGAAAGAAAGCUCGGGGACGCUUCGUCAGGACAGUUCACCUAUUGACGACGAGACAAGGUCCGAUGCAAGUACAACAGGCGGAAGUAUUGGCAGGGCCGAAGGCAAGUCGCUGCGAAAGAAGACGAGUAGGUUUAGGAUGAAGGACUUCCCCUUUUUCAGGAGACAUAAGGGCACCAAUUCUCCCUCUGCCACAGACGCGACUGGAUGA